ACUCCGAGAGACAUCGCACGCCCGCUUCUGUGGCUGCGGGCGCUUCCAGUCCAUGGGACUCCUAGAGGCACACGCCCGCUCCUGUUGCUGCGGUCGCGGCGCGGGUGGAUCGCGGACCUCUCGAUCCCGUCCUGGCGCCAAGGUGAAGGCGGACCGAUUCUGCGUCCCGACUGCUCGAGUGGAAGGAAGGUAAGUUACGUGGAAACAGUGGAAACACUACGAGUACAACGACGAUCGCCGCGUCGGUUGCCGUCCGUCGUGACGUCGCUGGUGACCUACGCGCCGGUAGCGGCCACCACGAUGGCGCCGCCGAGGGCAACAGAGUCGCCGUAAUGAUGCGUGCAACCAGCCAUCGGCGCCUCCCGUGCCGGUAACGUCCGUCACGCGCACCGGCGCCUGUCGAGCUGGCCGCCACGACGGCGCCUCUCGCCUCACGCACCUGAGCCUGGCGACGGUGGCCGCCACGAUGGCGCCGCCCGCUCGAUGAUGCCACCUGCCACGACGACGCCGCCCGCCACGAUGCCACCGCCCGCCUCACGACGCACCAGUGCCUCCCGAGCUGGCCGCCACGAUGGCGCCUCUCGCAUCAUGCACCGACGCCUUCCGAGCCGGCGGCGGCGGCCGCCACAAUGGCGCCGCCCGCCACGAUGACGCCGCUCGCCACGAUGACACCACCGCCUCGCGCACUGGCGCCUCUCGAGCUGGCCGCCACGAUGGCGCCUCUCGCCUCACACCAGUACCUCCCGAGCCUGGCGGCGGCCGCCUCAAGCACCGGUGCCUCCCGAGCUGGCCGCCACGUUGGCGCCUCUCGCCUCACGCACCGGCGCCUCCCGAGUCGGCGGUGGUGGCCGCCACGACGGAGCCGCCCACCUCACGCGACAGCGCCUCUAGAACGGGCCGCCACGAUGGAUCCUCGCCUCACGCACCAGCGCCUCCCGAACCAGUGGCGGGGCCGCCCUGAUAGCGCCGCCCGGCCUCACGCACCGGUGCCUCCCGAGCCAGCCGCCACGCUGGCGCCUCUAGCUUCACGCACCGGCGCCUCCCGAGCGGCGGCGGAUGCAAUGAUGGCACAGACAAUCACGUCGAUGCUGUCCACCGAUGCUGCAACCACGACGAUGUCGUCCCUUGCAAUGGCGCCCAUGUUCUCUUCGCAAGAAUACCACCGCGAACUUACCUGCCGCCGAUGCUGCCCACCAAGCUGCACUGGCCGCCACAGUAUCAGUUUGGUCCUGUCCACAUGGUCCCAUUGAGGUACGCAGGCGACUAUAGCUAUAGUGCCACAGCACGAACAGACCGCUAAGCUCUUGGUUUCGGUUAAGGAAUCCUCCGGCGACGGCAGAGUCGUAAGGAGCCUCGCCCUAGCGUGGCUCGACUGCCCGGAGUUGAAAGCGGUAAGAUAUGUGGAUACUCAGAGGAAAAUACGUCGCGUUCCCGCGCUUCAUAAAGGUGCUGAUCGACGAGGGGCCGUGCCGCUUCGAGGUUCCUACGACUUCUCGAGGCCAUGGAGUGAUCCAACCGGAGAACAGCUAGCGACAAGGCCCUGUGCGACCGCUCAAAACCGAGGUGAAAGGCAUCGAAAAGGUCUGCACACUUCACAUAAUUAUCUCUGCUUGCUCGCGCUCUCCAGCUUAAGUUCCGUCUUACAAAGACGAACUCGUGCGCCAAGCCCAUAAUAAACAAAAUGGGACAAAUAAACCCGCUGCGCCUGAACAAGCUUGAGUUUCCGGUGCUAAAAGAAAGGGGCCAGGAGGACUCCAGCAGUUUCCAUCUGUCUGUCUUCGACUUUAUCGAAACAGUUUUUGUUACGCAAAGCGCUAAAAUCGAUUUUAGACUUGAUUUCAUCAGUUCGAUUUCCUUAAAAGCAUGCAACCAUACCCCUAUACUAGCUCGAUAUAGGGUGUUUCUUCGGAUAAAGCGAAUUAGACCAUCAUGCUCCUAGAUAUCACGUGGGACACGCGGCACAACACCCCGAUUGAAAGUUUUCUUUUUCGGGACAUACAGGCCUGCCUUGCUGCCGAGUUUCUCGCAGAAAUGAGACUAAAUGUUCAGUCUCAAAUUCGCAAACUUUAGUUCAUGAGGAAGGUGACACCUUCGCAGUCCCCAGCAACACGAAGCUGCCGAAAGCCUCGCGCCACUUCCUUCCUCAUCUUAUGCAAGCAGUCCGUUACAAUCCCAAUAUUGGUAGACAAUGUACGAGGUAAGGCCCUUUCAGUGAACAGUAACCGUUAACGGGCCAUAUCUGCAGCGCUGACGACAGAAGUGUAAACAUACAACCGCACCACUACAGUAUACAUAAAACGAUGGCGACACUACAUCCUUUCCGUUACUACGGCUGUCGAAAAAACUGCUGAUGCCAGCAGAUCGUCUACAGGUCGCGCUGGUUCCUUGCUACUUGCCAGGUCGGUACAACCCCCGAGAGCGACGGUUUAUCAAGAAGUCACUACGCGCCCGAGUGGCAGCUGCGCCCAAAAGCCGCCGAGACUAUCUUCGCCUGACAGGCGCCUUGUUGGCCGGCUUCCGCUUUCGAGAGCCCUCGCACUGUGUCACGGUAUUUCUUAACAGACUCUUUGAACUGCUACCACGUCGCUUUUGGCAGCUGCCGGUGAUACGACUUGGUAUGGAUGUCUCCACCUCCCAGCCUAGUCUGUUUACUGUGACGGCGUGAUAAGGAGAGCCUUCACGCAGCUGUGGUAAGCUCGCAAUUUACUGGCGGUCCUAGUAAACACAACGUCAGACCGCCCUCCCUUACGAGCAACAACCUUAAGAAUGAGGCGUAGUUCCUGUCAGAUAGGACGCUCCAACACCGAGCUGGCGGGAUCAGGAGUGACGUCCGCUGUGAUGUACCUACUGGCGUGACUGACGCAUGCAUGCAACAUGCCAAGGGCUAAUGCUACGUAGCGAACGAGACGCAACUGUCACUGCCUCCUGUACGCCCACAAUGUAGUCUCUUCUUCAUGGUGCAUCAAAAAUAAGAUCGACUGCCAGGUACCUCUAAUAUCCAGUGAAGUAGCGAGCUAUCUCGGAUAUCUAUGUCUAUGGUCCAUGUUACUUUCAGAACGAUGUUCAUAAGCCUGUAACAAGUGCCGUAUGUGAACCACUAUCGGACACUAUGCCUUCUUCCAACUCCAUUAAUAGCGAGACCAGCGCCUCCCAAACCACCAGCUUGGGACUCGAGAAAUCUACUUGCCCUAAUUUUAAUA